UUGAUAUGGCCACAUUGCCUGGAGGCGUAGUCAUGCUGAGCACUGCUGGUUCUGGGAGUGUGGCUUAAUGGCUGCUGAGCUUGGUGUGACUGGGCACAGAAACGUUCCACAAAUUGCCAAAGAUAGUUUCUGGCAUGUGAAGUGGGGGAUUAAGGACAGAUGAGAGUUUAUUGGAACAGGGAGUUAAGUUACAGAAGUGCUGUGUCUUUGAUGCUGUGAUGUGUCAUAUUCAACCCUGCCAUCAUCUCUUUCUUCUCCUGAGCAAAUGUACAUGUCCGUUUCCACAGUUGGGAGGCAUAUAAUUGUAUCACACCACUAUCUGUGUCAUGAAGCUUGUCCACUCUACUACAUGAUCAUCUGGGGUUUCUGUCAUCACACUUUGGCCAUUGCCCCAGGCAGUGUGGGACAUGUAUAAAAGAGCUGAGGGCUUCACAGCUAUCCACAUUCCUCCACUUGACUUUCCUGAUCAAACAGGUAAGUUAAAACCCUAUACCCUUCUUUCCUUCCUCAGCUGUUUCUUUCUCAAUGUCUCUUUUGAUGUCUUUUCCACCACACUUUCAUAGCAAAAAGUAUGUGAUGGUGCCCUUUAAGAGAUAGAGAAAGGAUGAAUAUUGGAACUUGUAGGUAUGAUGCUCUGUGUAUACCCAUGCAAUCUAGUGUUUUGCAAGCUUGGCGGUGUCCUAUAUGCUUUCAUAAGGAAAAGUUUUCCUCUCUCCUAUGGGCAAGUCAGGCCCAGGGAGCAUAGAGGAAAGCAAGGGUUUUAAAGCAGCACAUCAACUGUGGCUCAUGUUUCUUCUCUGACUGCCUGGGAUGAUCCAGGCAAUGUCCUGGAGCAGAGAUUCCAAGUGGAAGACAGUGAGGAGGGAUUUGUUGUCAGGCCAUGUAGUGCACUGUAACUCUGUCUUCUCCUGCAGCUUGACCUUCUGAAGAGAAGAAUGUCCUGCUCCAGCCUGUGUGUCCCUUCCUGUGGGGUGGCCGCCCCAUGCCCUCUGGCUGACACCACCAAUGAGCCCUGUGUGCGUCAGUGCCAGAGCUCCACGGUGGUGAUCCAGCCCCCAGCUUCGGUGGUCACCUUCCCUGGACCCAUCCUCAGCUCCUUCCCACAGCACAGCGUUGUGGGCUCAGCGGGAGUCCCUGCCGUUGCCGGGGGUUAUGGUGGCAGUUAUGGUGGCUAUGGCGGAUUUGGUGGCUAUGGUGGCUACGGGGGCUAUGGAGGCCUUGGUGGCUAUGGAGGCUUUGGAGGCUGUGGAUAUGGAGGCUGGGGCCGAGGCCUCAGGUCCUUUGGUGGUUGGUGUGGGAGCUGCUAAGCCUCACCCACAUCCAGCCUCAGACAACGGAGAGCUCCAGGAAAUCCCCUGGGACAUCCCAACAUGAUGAUGUCCAAAGGAAGAACA